CAAAAUCCUUUGCAAUUUCAGCCUCGCCUGCGUCUUCUUCUGUGGCGUGUGUUCUGUGCAACGGCAGCCAUCGCUUGUACGACUGUGAUUCGUUCCUUGGAAAGCCGGUUGACGAGCGUAUCGCCGAUGUGGUGCGGUUGAAGCUGUGCUUCAACUGUCUGCGCAAAGGUCACUCUUCUCGUCAAUGCAGAACCUACAGAACCAGGGACAGAUUUCUACGCCUAGAGUUCCUGCGUCGACUGUUUUGGAAGCGGUGGAUGCUGGAGUACAUAACACAACUGCAAGCCCGACAAAAAUGGCGAACUCCUGGCACAUCGCUGCAAUUGGGGGACUUGGUACUCCUAAAAGAAGAAAACGCUCCUCCCAUGCACUGGAAGGUGGGACGAAUCACUGCUCUGUUCCCGGGAGAGGACGGAGUUGCUCGGGCGGCGGACGUCCGGACUACUACGGGCACGUACCGGCGUGGCACUCGGUAUUUAUGUCCAUUACUGGAUCCAGCAGCGUCUUCAUUGGAAGCGACAGCUUCCAACGCCCCGGAGGAUGUUCCGGCACAUUGCUAGCCGUCCCUCAGUGGAGAGGCGCGGGGAGGGAGUUUUCGGCUCGCGGCUGGGAGCGCGGCCGCCGGUCACUUCUCCAAGGACAAGAUAAGCGCACGCGCAUAAAUUGGCAACACAAAAACAAUUUUGGCCACGGCAAUUUGUAAUAAUCAUUAUAGUCAUUAUAGUAAUUUC